UUUAGAUGACAAUAGGUAGGAAAGCAAGGAAAAACAGUAAGGUUGAUAGCUGUUAUCCAAGUAACCAGACGCAGACCUGGCUGCCCACAUGCCGAUCGAAUUUGUUUGCAAAAUUAAAUUUGCAGAGGAGGAUGAGAAGCAGAAAGGCAAGCAGGAAGGGGACAAGGAGAGCCUGAUUGAAGAGACCUGUGCACCUCCAACCAAGGACCUGGCUGGCUUUGCCAACUCCUGUGCCCUUCACGGGAUUAAUCACAUCUUCGUUUCUGGGAGGUUAGGUAUCAAGCAGACCCUCUGGGCACUGGCCUUCUUGGUGUCACUUGCUUUCUUUUUGUACCAGGCGGCCAAGUGUGCCAUUUUUUACUUGGAGCACCCCCACGUCACAGCUUUGGAUGAGGAGGCUAGCCCGGAGAUGGUCUUCCCUGCAGUGACCAUAUGCAACAUCAACCGCUUUCGCUUUUCUGCACUCACCGAUGCCGACAUUUACCACCUGGCUAACUUGACCGGGCUACCUCCAAAGAAUAAGGAUGGUCACAAAGCAACAGAUUUGGUAUACCCGGAGCCCAACAUGGAAGAUAUCUUUAACAGGACAGGGCACCAACUAGAGGAGAUGCUAAUGAGCUGUAACUUUAGUGGGGAGAACUGCUCUGCCAAGGACUUUUCGGUGGUAUAUACAAGAUAUGGAAAAUGCUACACCUUCAAUGCAAAUAAAAAUUCCUCAAGGAUAACUAAACAAAGUGGAAUGGGAAAUGGACUUGAAAUAAUGCUCGAUAUUCAGCAAGAUGAAUACCUGCCCAUCUGGAAAGAAACAAAUGAAACAUCUCUAGAAGCAGGAAUAAAAGUUCAGAUCCACAGUCAAGAUGAACCUCCUUAUAUCCAUCAGCUUGGAUUUGGAGUCUCACCUGGAUUUCAGACGUUUGUUUCAUGUCAAGAACAGCGGCUGACAUACCUACCACAACCUUGGGGAAAAUGUAGGCCAACUACAGAAAGAAUGAUCCCAGGGUAUGAUACCUACAGUAUCAGUGCCUGCCGAUUAAAGUGUGAGAAAGAGGAGGUUUUAAGUCGGUGUCAGUGCAGAAUGGUUCAUAUGCCAGGAAAUGAAACAAUAUGCUCUCCAAAUUUCUACAUUGAGUGUGCAGAUGAUGCCCUUGCUGCCUUUCAAAAGAAUUCUACAGAUCCUUGUACUUGUGAGACUCCAUGCAACCUAACACGUUACGGAAAAGAACUUUCCAUGGUGAAAAUUCCAAGCAGGGGAUCAGUACAUUACUUAUCCAAAAAAUAUAACAAAUCAGAAGAACACAUAAGGGAAAAUUUUCUGGUUUUGGACAUUUUCUUUGAAGCUCUAAAUUAUGAGACAAUUGAACAGAAAAGAGCUUAUGAUGUGGCAGGGUUAUUGGGUGACAUAGGAGGUCAGAUGGGAUUAUUUAUUGGAGCAAGUCUUCUCACUAUUCUAGAAAUUUUAGAUUACAUCUAUGAGGUGAUCAAGGACAAAAUUCACAGACUACUGAAACCCCAGAAAGAACAGAACAAGAGACAGUCAAGCAGUGUAGCUACAUUACGACUGGAAGAUAUGAAACCCCAGGAAUCUUGUGAAAUGAUGAGAAGCCAUCCAGAAGGAGCUUAUUCAACGAAUAUCCUUCCUAAUCAUCCCAUUCAUCACUCACAUCAUGGUGUCUUUGAGGAUUUUGCCUGCUGAAACUUCAGGAUUAUGGCCUGAUCUUGCACUGUUUCCAUACUGUAUUUGGGCCAUUUUAUAAAACUCUGGACUUUUAAAGACGUUUGAUUUUUUUUUUCUUUUCUUCUGCUGUCAUGAGUGAAAGCUGCAGCCAAAGCCAAGCACCAAGACUGUGCAAAAGAUAUCAGUGAUACAAAGGCACCAAUUGGAUGACAUUAAAUGAUCAACAGAAGAAUUGCAUCUCCCUGCCCUCCCCUCUUCUUGAAGAAUAUUCGGAAUUAAUUUGACAUUUCGACACAAUAUUACAGGGGUCAGCAUAGAUUACAAUGAGGACUGUGCUUUGUCUAGGAACAGUUUGUACGUUAAGUUAUUCCUUGACAUAUUUUUAAAUAUUAUUCUCAGACUGUGGUUGUAAUAAAUCAAUUUUUGCACAUAUAUGAAUUUUUAAACACAGUAUUAAACUGAGGUAACUUUUUCAUAGAUGUUCAUGUAAAGUAUAAACUUUUCCUGUGCUUUUGUGUGUGUAACACAAAAAGAUAUUUUCAACAUGUUAGAGGUGAUGCUUUAGCCGGGAAAGCAAUGCAGAUAUUAAAAAGAAACGCUGUUUUGUGGAAAUAAACACCAAAAACAGAUAUCAUCGUAAUAGUUCAUGAAUCCUGUUAGUAGAAAGGUGUUAUUUGCAUAACAAAGGAAGUCAUCACUCUAGUCAUUAUACCACUAUUUGUGUCUUUAUAAAAUAGGAUAGAUUUAAAUUAAAAAGAAAUCCAUUACUUUGAAGUCUUUUAUUACACUGAUGAUGACCACUUUACAAAUCUCAGUCAAUCGAGGAGUCCGCGAAAUCGACAGCUAAUUCAGUGAGCUUGGAUGGAAGCCAUAGCAUAAGUUCAAAAAUAAGUUGAAUAUUAAUAUCUCUUAAACGGAAAAGUAGUUUUUAAGCAGUAUGGCAGGAAAAAAAAAGAAUUGAAGAUGUCUUCAUGAAUGAGAAAAUAGAACUGACAGUGUAAAGAAAUAGCCGCCUUUACUGUAUAUUAGAGAAAUUUGACAAGCUAAGUGUGUUAAGUAACAUCAGUAACCAUCAACUCUGCAUCGAGCACUCCUCCUCCUCCUCCUCCUCCUCCUCCUCAUCUUCUUUCUUUCUUUCUUUCUGUGUUGUGUGCUUAGUUUCUGUGAGUCAGGCAGAUUAGUAAAAGUUAUACUGGUUAUCAUAUACUGGCUGUUAAUUUUAUUUAGUAUCUCUUACGUUUUCUUUAGCUUGUGUGCAA